UUUGUAUGAAAUUACGACUGGUGUUUUCGCUAGUUAGUUAGCAUCAUAUAUAUAUAAAGCAUUAUAUUAUGUAUGAUUAGCAAAAGGAUCAGGUUUUUCCUCUAAGCACUUUAUUAUUCAUAUGCUGGGUUGCAAAACGUAUAGGGCAUAUAGCUAAAUUAAUAUAUUUCCGUGUUUAAGUUAUGUCAGUUGCAUAGUCCAAUUUGGCAAGUAUGCAUUCACUUGCUCAGGAAAUUGAAGGGUUUUCGAAAACCAAAUUAAAAAAACAAAGCACUGUUGUCACAACAGUACUCGGGCGAAGACACGUAGAAAAAAGGGACGAUGAAAACGAGGACCCACUGGAAUCCGGCUGUGGAUUUGUUCAAGAUACUAGCUUGGAUCUUCGAGUUGGCAUUAUCAAGCCAUUCCUGCUGCUCUCAUCCCAAGAUGCAGCGCAGGAUAUAGACACAUUGAAGACAUUCAAGGUUUCACAUAUAUUGAAUGUUGCCUAUGGUGUUAAAAAUUCCUUUCCAGAUUUAUUCUGCUAUAAAACGGUGACCAUUCUGGAUAUUCCAGAAACCAACAUCACCUCAUAUAUCCAAGAAUGUUCUCAGUUCAUAGAUCAAGCCAAAACUGAGAGUGGGGUUGUCCUGGUCCAUUGCAAUGCUGGAGUCUCUCGUGCUGCCUCAGUAGUAAUUGGGUACCUCAUGAACAGAGAAGGUUUGGGGUUUGAUGAUGCAUUUACACUUGUGAAGAAAGCAAGACCCUCUAUCCACCCAAAUCCAGGAUUUCAUGAGCAACUGAAAAAUUACAAACCAUAGGCAACCAAUAUUAUUGUAAGAACCUUUCACAAAUAAGCAUUCACCAUGGUCAUUUUCUUUUUGCAACUAUAUCACAUUCUAUAUCAGAGUAUUUUUUUUUUACUCUAAACAAAUUUGGCUUUUGCAAUUAGUUAAAUAUCUUAAUGGUUUUGACUGUAAAUGUCGUGUAAAUUGGAUUUAAUUUUACUCAGUCAUGUUGCCGAAUUAUCACUAGAGGGCCCCAUUGACCUUCGUAAUUCAGUGUGUGCUCUGUCGACUCACUGCAGAAUAUUCUUUACAUAUUGUUUCAAACCUUGCUUACAUUUGUAUGAUCUCCCUUUUUCUAUUAUGUGUGGGAAUAUAGAUUUUCAAAAUUAAAACUAGAUUUUUUUCCUAGUAUUCCAGUUGUUAACUCAGGAAUUGAUUGAUGACUCUGCAUGUUUUAAGAGUUAUAUUUUAUUUAUCUGUCACAAUUGUAAUAGUUUUUCACCAACAGAAAGCCGUAAUACAGGGAAUCUUGUAUUUUACAAACACCUGUUUUGAUGUACUGUGGUCUCGGUUUUGGUUGACUAAAAUGCAUGUCAUGUAGAGAUCAUAGCACUGGAGUCAUCACAUCAUGAGUGCAUAAAGAAUAAUUGACUCAUUAGAUUAGGUGGCUAUUUCAAGGGGCAGGAAAGGUUAUUCCAUGAUGACUGCGAUAUAUAAUUCUUGAAAAUCUGACUCAUCUUACCUUUGAUAAGGUAUUUAAAUACAGCCCAAGACACUUUUCUUCCUGAACUACAGAAGCAACAGAAUCAUAGUUUCAAGCAAGAUGUUACUCUUCAAAUACAAUGUAAAGCUUAGUACUUUUAAAUUAAUGGCGUUUUGAUAAUGUCAAAAUCACCUUACUCCAAGUUAAGUCACAGUUUCUGAAGACUCCACGUCUCAUUAUUCUAACAAUUAUGACUAAUAAAGAUAUCAUUAUUCAUAUAUAUUUAUUACAUUUUUUGUGGUCCAUGUCCCCUAAAUGGGGACUGAAAUAAACAUAUUGUUUUAUUGAUUGGCAGCACAGUUAGAGUGAGACCGAUAUAGAGAGAUGAACCAAUAAGAAAGCCUUAACCAGGAUUUUUACCCACCCACUAGUGGUACAAUUGGUCCGGUGCCACUAGACCAGAUACUGGUCACACAAUUCAAAAUUUGAGUUUUGUAUCAAAAAUCUUUUUUUAAGUGUACUUCAAAUGGAAUCCUAUCACAUACAAACAAGUUUACUGCAAUGCUAAUGGAAAUCGUUUAUUCAGAAAUUGUGUCAAAUGAGUAUCAAUUGACCUAUUAAAUGCAUUCACAAUGGAAAUGGUAGACUGAUGUAAACCAUAAUACUGAAAUGUUGUCACUGGAUGUAGAUACUGUGGCUGUCAAACAGAAUUAUAACUUUUCACAUCUGAUGACCUGACCCUGGUCAUGACAAAGCCUAAAUAUAGUAAGUUAUGGUACAAUAUAAUAUAAAUUGCCAAAUCUGGAAAAAGUAGAGACCGCUUUGAGGCCAUUUCUUUCGGGUUUGUUUGGUAUGGCUUAAACAAUGUUCAAUCAUUGUCACUCAUAGCUUUGCAGACUCUUAAUAUGACUUUAAAUGUACUCUCUGACUAGCUUUUUUAUCAGAUUAAAAGUUUAUGGAUGCUUUCAUGGGUUCAUUAGGGUAAAAUAUAUAUUUCUUUACAGAACAUGGAAAUUAUUAGCCCUCCAGGUUCUUGUCCCUGGAUUCUCCUGAGAUAUACAGUGGGCCAAAAAAGUAUUUUAGUCAGCCACCAAUUGUGCAAGUUCUCCCACUUAAA